AUGAAAGUGGAGAGAAGGUUGAAAUACUACGUACAUAUUCUCAUUAACUUCCCCCUCUCUCUAUCUAUCUAUCUAUCUCUCUAUCUAUCUAUCUAUCUAUUUAUCUAUCUAUCUUUCUAUCUAUCUCUCACGCUUUCUCUUUUUUUAACUCCUCUCUUCAUUGUUAUCACUCUCUCUUUCUCUCUCUCUUUGUCUGUGAUUCUUCUUUUAUGUCUCUCACUCUUUUCAAUCUUUUAUCACUCUCUAUCUCUAUUUCUCUUUCUUUCUUUCUCUUUCUCUCUCUCUCUCUCUAUCUAUCUAUCUAUCUCUGUGUGUCUUUCACUCCUCACUUCAAACUGUUAUCUUUCUGUCCCUCGCUGUCACUCCUUUUCUUUGUGUCACUCCUCUCUUCAUUCUGUUAUCUCUCUCUCCCUCUCUCUCUCUAUCUUUCUUUCUCAAUCCAUCUAUCUAUCACUCUCUCUAUAUCCUCCCUCUUUCUCGUGCGCGCUCUUUGUAAUUCUUUUUUCUGUCACACUCCGCUGUUCAAUUUGUUAUCUCCCUCACUCUCUCUUUCCCUCUACGACUUUUCUUCUUUUCUAUUUUUCACUCCUUUCUUCAAUUUUUUUUAAUUUCUCCUUCUCUCUCUCUCUCUCUCUCUCUCUCUCUCUCUCUCACUUUACCCUGCCCACUUCUCGUUACCCAUUAUUCUGUCCUCCAACUCUGUUUUCUUCUCUAUAUGCUUCUCUUUUGCUUUGUUCCCCCUCCACAUUCCUCUCCCAUUACUCAUUUCUAUCUCACCGUUUCCAUAACUCCCAUGUACCUGUCCCACACCUCGUUUCUAUCUUCCUUCACGUUUCUGCCAUUCUUCUCAAAUUGACUAUUUCCAUACUCCUGAUUUCCACCUCCUACCCACGUCUCUAUCCGCUGCCCUUUUCUAUUCUCUCUCCUUCCUCUUCCUUGAUUCUAUCUUCCUCCACGUCUCUGCUCUUCCCCUCAAAUUUACCCUCCUCUCUAUUUCCAUACACCUGA